GAAUUGGAAAACUUUUAGACGCGUUAAUUUACAUCUGUGAUUGCAUGCUCUAGGUUUUGUUGGUGUAAAAAAAAUUUAAUUUGUUUAAAGUGUCAAAUUACGCAUACGUUGGGACUAAUCGCAAAGAUUUGUAUGCAUAAAGUAGGAUAUGGAUCAGGUUGCCCACGUAGAAGCGUGCCGCCUUUGUGCAAAUUUCUAUGUGACCGGCGCUGAUGUAGAAUUUAUCCAUCUCUUUGAGCCGCUAACAGGACUUGAGGAUCAAUUAGAUUUUGUGCAUAAGCAAUCGGUGGCAUGGCAAUUACAUAUAUCGGCCGACGACAGUUUGCCGCAACGUAUUUGUGCCAAUUGCUUUGCACAAUUCUGCAACAUACAGACAUUCCGUCAGCAAUGUUUAUUAGCAGAACAAAAAUUGUUGGAAUCAUUUGUGGGCGUUAGUUUGGCUGAAAAUGGUCCAACUGCUAAAGGCAGCAAACAGACGGGGCCGAUGUCGCAAGGGGCGAACGGCACCGCUGUGUUGUCGAAUGAGACUGAGCUGUUGAACGGGUUAAAAAUCGCUGCACCAGUCACAAGCGCUGAUCUGAUGGCAACCUUGGAUGGCCUACAACCACCGACAACCAGCGCAGAUGUCAUAGCCAGUUUGGACGGUCUGCAACUGCCCGCCAGUGUAGCAGAAACCCUCUCCAUACUCACGCAAGAGUUGACCACAAUGCAAAAUGGCACUUUGCUGGAUACCAGCGCCAACUCGAUCACCACACAUGCUACCAUGGACACCAAGACGGAGGAGACGAAUGUGUUGCAAUUGCCAGCGGCUUCAACAACGCAAAAUAUUUACUAUGCGCAGCAUACCCCUAUUACAACAGUAGCGGCAGGAACAAAUAAAACAGCAACUAUGAUGACAAACGCGAACGCAAAAAGUGUUGGAACAGCGAAGGUUGAGAAGGCGGAUAUUGAUUUAGAAGAUAUGUUGCAAGGCAGCAUAAUACCGAAACAUUCGAAAUCAAAUAAUUUGCAACAAGAAAUGUAUGAAGAGGUGAAGGAAGAACAACAUUUCAGCAGGGAAGAAACUCAACAAAGUUAUUCCUCGUUCGAAGGUAUGCUAGAUGAGGAUAUGGACUGUAUUUCAUGCUCUGAUCAGGACGAAUAUAAUGAAAUGGAAGACUUCGAACCUGAUGCGGAUGCAGUAUCACCAACACGUGUCUCGCGCAAUUCAUUUACCUGUCAAUACUGUUAUUGCCCGAAUUCCGGUUCUAUCGAUCAUUUAGUAUUUGACAGUUCCGACGCGUUAUCGCAGCAUUUCUUUGACGUGCAUGAUCCAAAUUUGCCCUACACUUGUCCGUACUGCCCACAGAAAUAUUGUUCCGCCAGGCAACGCGACUAUCACGUUCGCCUUAUGCAUCCGACUGCAUCGAAGGCAGACCAAUGCGAAUAUUGCAAAAGGAUAUUGCGCAGUCCAAAGGAGUUACAUGAGUUAAGCUGUCAAUAUGUAGGCGAUUGGCGUUGUGACAUAUGUGACCAAUGCUUCUACCACGUGCCACUGAGUCGCCUCCGCACACAUCAGCGCCGUCAUACCACCAAAAACCAGUUAAAAUGCCGUGUAUGCGGACGCGUUUUUAUACGACGCGCCAAUCUAGAGGCCCAUGAGCGUAUGCAUCGGCCACGGGACAGCUUCACAAUACACUGUGAUCAAUGCCAAGAAGGUUUUUUAUUUUCAAACGAUUACGAGCUACGUCGUCAUAAGUAUCAGGCGCAUAAUGGCGCUUUGCCAGUACGUUGCGAAUACUGUCACAAAGGCUUUGUUAGCAUGGCCUUCCUCAGUCGGCAUACACAACACUUCCAUCCGGAUAAGAUAGACGGUAAUCAUCUCGGUGCCGCCACCACUUGCACUAAUUGCGGUUGUGCGUUCACUUCACUACAUAAGCUGCGCAUGCACGUACAACGGCCGCGUGACGAAAAUGGACGUUGCAUUGAAAUUGUGCGUGAAGCCGUGUCAAACCAAGAUCGAACACGUCAAUUGCGCCGACCAAGACUGCACGCUUGUGCGAAUUGUAAUAAACGCUUUACGACGCGUGCGGCUCUCGAAAGGCAUACGAGUACGCAUGAGACGACCUCGUAUAGCUGCAGUGCAUGUUCUACACGCUUUGAAAAUGCCAACGAACUGAAGCGGCACAUUAUGCAGAUGCACGCCAAACCACGCUACCUAAAGUGUGAUAUGUGUGAGAAACGUUUCUGCUAUAUGCGCGAACUGCAACAGCAUCAGAAAGUGCACGCUGAGGCACCAGAAAACAACCUUUCCUGUCCCGUGCUCAAUUGCGGUUUCAAAUCAUCAAGCACGAAAGAAGCUCACGAUCACGCAUUUGUCAAGCAUAAACUGAUCGCUUGUGAGUUUUGCGACUGUCUCUUCACACGCAAUCGUCUGACAACUCAUCUACAUACUGUGCAUGCCGCAGAAGUAGCAACGGAAGAACCGAACAAUAACAAUAACAACAACAGCACAAGUCAAACUAACGCGCUAGAUUCACAAACGGAAGAUUCUUUGGCGGUGGCGAGCAUACUCGACGCUGAUGCCCAAAUGAAUAACAAUGACAUAAUGGUCUCAUUCGAAGAUAGCGCCAUAAAUGGUGGCGAGAAGGUGCGCGUGGAGCUGGUGCAGCAGCACACGCCCAGUGUUGGUAAUUUGGUGUUGCAAGAGCAAACGUCUAACACCUUUAAACCACUCAUUCCAACGGCCGAUGAAAUGGAUCAGAAUUUCCUGAUGAACGCUUUGCUCGAUCCGGAUCAUGAAAUCAUAGUCACAUGAUAGACUGGUGACGUACAUAGCUUAAUUUUUUGACUAGCAUAACAUUUUUAUGUUCAUACUGCUGUUCUAUUAAUUCCAUGCGCUGCAUAUUUUUUUCAAAAUUGUAUUUCUAGCGAAUUUGCGCGAAAAAUGUGACCUUAAAGUGAAAAUCGCCUGUAAAGCUAAAAUAAUGUGUUUGCGAUAUUUGGCAAUUUUUAGAUUUCUAAAAUAUAUUUUUUUACUAACUAUUUUUUACCGCCACAAAAACAA